GCCCUUGAUGCCAUUGGCCCGGGAAGCAUCGCGCGCUGCCGCGACUUUUUCAAGCCGACAGAACCGCUAACGGUCGCUGUUCGGCUGGCGGAGCGAAGGGAAGAUGGAGGAGGACGAAGAAGAGCACGAUGUGUUCGGAGGGUCGGAAGAUGCCAUGGAGAUGGACGAGCUCAAGGACAGUGUACCUCUGGGCCGCAUGGGGUUACCUAUCCGGCCCAGAAUGUCAAGGGCGUCGGCUAGCGACACUGGGAGGCCGACCGGGCGAAAUCGCCGGUCCAGCGUGUUCGAGGAGAACGCGUUUCAUGAGAUCCUAAAGGAAAGGCUACAUGAUACCAUCCUUCAAGUUGUGCAUACAGACAAGAGUGAAAUGGAAGAAGAAGAUGAUGAUGUUUUUGAAGAACCUUUGACAUGGAAACCUAGUCUGGUGAAACAAAGAUUAGCUAAUACCUUUAAGAUGGUUCCAGAUAGGGAAUUUGACUUUGCUGCAGUUGCAAAAAGAAUGGAUGAGCUUUUGGAGGCUAAAUUCAGACAUAAGGAAAUCGAUACCAAACAAUUUAAGGCAUUGACCCUUUCCCUUUCUGAUGACAUAAGAUCUAUAGCAAAAGAGUUGACACCUGAACGAUUUAAACUAAUUGCCAGAGUUUUCAUGGGAGAAUUAAAAAAUCAAGGCUUAACAAUUGCCAGCAGAUUUCUAUGGGAUCCAGAACACGAUAGUUGGUGUGAAAGUCGAUUUCAAACCAACUCAUUUUUUGUAGUAACGACUGUAUAUGCUCUAUAUUUUGAAUAGCAUUAAUAUAAUCUAAUGUUUACCAAUUAGUUCAAAUAUUUAAGCGUUUUAAAAAGUGAAUUACAUUUUGUUGAAGAAAUGAAACCUAGCAUUAACGAAAUGUGAAACAUGGAGUAUAAAGUUAAUUGUUUUAACUAAAUCCCAAAUUUUGUCUGCAUUUCUGUUUUAAUCAAUAAGCUUUUAGAACAGAAAUUAGUUAUUCAGCCCACCAUGUCCAUGCUGACCAAGUUGGCAUAUUGGGUAAGUCCCACUUGCUGACAUUUGGCCCAUUACCCUCUAAACCUUUCCUAUCAAUAUAUUUGUCCAAAUGUUUUGAUUUUAGUCAUUUCUUUGGAGUAAAUACAAGAGUAGAUAAUUUGUAACUAUCGGUAAUUAUGAAUAAUAUCAUAAAUUACAUAUUAAUCUGGAAUAAAUGGGUUUUUUUCUAAUCUGACACAAAUAGAAAGCAUCACAGACUAUAAUUAACUGAAUGUUAUUAAAAUAUUGUUCAUUUUAAUCUUUAGAAAAUAUUUUAUAACUUAAAUCCAAGCAAUUUUACUCUGAAAUACAUUUCAAAAACUGCUGGACACAAGAAAACAGGAGCAGGAGUAGGCCACCAGCUUCCUCAACCCUGCCCUCCCAUUGCAUUGGAUUAUAGCUGAUCUGUACUAUCCUAUUUU